CAGCAGCAGCAACAAAAAAGCAAGCAACCCCGUAAUGUUGCGACCAGAUUACGCAUUACUUAAGUCGCCCCGCAGUGGGGUGGGGGAUGCUCGUCCGCAUGUGUGUAUGUGUGAAGCGCUUGGAAAGCUGUAAGCAUCAACUCCGUUGCGUUGCGUUGCGCUGUUCUCGUACGGACGGUGGACUGUGCAGGGUGAAUUUAAAGCUUGAAGGAGCUGGGCGGAUACGUGAUUGCUUUUGCAGGACCUCACAAUUACAGCGCACCCAAAGGUCAGUGUAUGGUGUUCGAACGCGACCCGAAAAGUGACACACAAAGGAACACAAGGGGGAGCGCGCUAUCUCAAGCUCCCUAAUCGCAGGAAGGCGCGCGAGCCUCCACCCAUCGACAAAGCAGCACGCUUCCACUGGUCAUUCCACAGUCAUUCAUCGAACAAGGGCCCACCCCAUCAUCAGUCGCUCGGUGGAAGAGCCCUAUUAAGGAGGCAAAAGUGGAUUGCGCUUCGUUGCAAGUGAAAUAGAAAGUACGUGGCGCACGUAGCGCAAUUACGCCAGCAGACGCAACAACAGAAAAGCAACAACACACCAACCAUGCCUUCGACCAGUGGUACCGUCAACAAAGACCUGCAGGCGGAGCGGGACAAGUGCACGUUCAACAACGAAGAGUUUACCCUCUGGUGGGUUGGCGGCGAGACGAAGCUAAAGGAGAAGCGAUUCCGUGAGGACUUCUUCCUAAAUGAUCCCGAGCUGCAGGAGAAGGUGCCGCUGCACUUCCUUUCCCACAAGGAGCUGUACGAGGAAUCGGUCCGCAAGGCGACGGUCGCGUUCCGGAAGGUGCGCAAGAUGAACGAAAUGGGCCAGGACGGGGUGGACAACUACUCCGCACUGCUGGGAGGACUGCUGGGAACGGGCAUCCUGAAGCAGGGCAAUCCGCUCACCGUGCACUACGUCAUGUUUCUGCCGGCCAUCCUCGGGCACGGCACGCCGGAACAGCAGGCCGAAUGGUUCGGGCGGGCCUGGAACUGCGAGAUUAUUGGCACGUACGCACAGACCGAGCUGGGGCACGGGACGUUCCUGCGCGGGCUGGAAACGACCGCCACGUACGACGAGCGGACGAAGGAGUUUGUGCUGCACAGCCCAACGCUGACCGCUUACAAGUGGUGGCCGGGAGGAUUGGCACAAACGGCCAACUACUGCGUGGUGAUGGCGCAGCUCUACUCCAAGGGACAGUGCCACGGCAUCCAGCCGUUCAUCGUGCAGCUGCGCGACGAGGAGUCGCACGUCCCGAUGAAGGGCAUCACGAUCGGCGACAUCGGCAACAAGCUCGGCAUGAACGGGGUGAACAAUGGCUUCCUCGGGUUCGAUCACGUGCGCAUCCCGCGCAAGAACAUGCUGAUGAAGAACGCCAAACUGCUGGAGGACGGCACGUUCGUGAAGCCACCGUCGCAGGCGCUCACCUACGGCACGAUGAUGUUUGUGCGCGUGGUGAUCUGUCGCGAUAUGGCGGCGUACCUGUCGAAGGCGGUCACGAUCGCCGUCCGCUAUUCGGCCGUCCGUCGCCAGAGCCACAUCAAUCCGGACCAGCCGGAAGUGCAGGUGAUCGACCAUCUGACGCAGCAGUACAAACUGUUCCCGGCGCUUGCGAAGAGCAUCAUCUUCAAGCUGACGUCGGACAACCUGUGGGACAUGUACAACCAGGUCACGUCCGAGCUGGACAAGGGCGAUCUGGAGCGGCUGCCGGAGCUGCACGCGAUCGCCUGCUGUCUGAAGGCGAUCACGACGGCCGACGCUGCGGCCGGUGUGGAGCUGUGCCGGAUGGCUUGCGGUGGCCAUGGUUACAUGACGUGCUCCAACUUUUACGGCACGUACGGUAUGGUGACGGCGGCCUGUACGUACGAGGGCGAAAAUACGGUCCUCCUGCUUCAAACUGCUCGCUACUUGAUGAAAGCGUGGCAGCAGGCCCAGCGGGGACAGGAGCUAGUGCCCACCGUCCAGUAUCUGGCCCGGUUCCUCAGCAGCAAAAACCGUCGCAUGGAUUGGGACGAUUCGAUCGGCGGUAUCGUUCGCGCCCUGCAAACCGUUGCUGCUGGCAAACUGCGCCUCGCAGCCGAACACAUCGAGCAGCGGCAGAAGCGUGGCGCCACGCUGGAGGAAGCAACCAACCAGACCUCGAUCGAGCUGGCCCGCACGGCCGACGCCCACUGUCGGGCCUUCCUGGUGCAGUCCGGGUGCGAGAUGAUCGAAAAGGGCUGCGCCACGGCUUCGCCCGAGCUGGCCAAGGUGCUGCGCACGAUCUACCAUCUGUACGCGUACGAUGAGGCGCUGAAGUCGCUCGGCGAUCUGCUGCGGUUCACCACCAUCUCGGAGAGCGACAUCAACCGGCUGCAGGCGAAGCUGGAGGAUGCGCUGACGGAGCUGCGCCCGAAUGCGGUCGGCAUUGUCGACUCGUUUGACCUGCCGGACGAUGUGCUCGGUUCGCCGCUCGGCGCCUACGAUGGCAACGUGUACGAGCGGCUGUACGAGGAGGCGAAGAAGAGCCCCCUCAAUCAGGAACCUGUUAAUCAAUCAUUCCACAUGUAUUUGAAACCGUUCAUGAAGUCGAGCCUGUAGAGGAGUUUUACUUUCCAAAACAAAACCCCGGUUUGCAGUGUGCGAGCGCGCACAACGGUCUGGUGAUAGUGGAACAUGUUGGUUAACGUACUAAGCGAUUUUUUUGUUUAUGUUAUUUUAUGUUAUGUGGGGCAGAGGUGUAUGGAAGCCUUUUUAUAGACAAAUUUUCUAUUAAACAGAAAGUGGGAGGAAUGCACACAAAUACAGUGCGCAUUUGGCAUACACUUUACACUAUGCAGUUGUUAAAUAUAUACAUCAUACAACCGUAAAAACGGAAA